AUGGCAGCCUCAGUUAUGGCUUCAGUGAGCCUGAAACCAUCUCCUUUCACAUUUGAGAAGUCUUCAGUGAGAGGCCUCCCAACCCUUUCAAAGAGAUCUUUCAAGAUAGAAGCCAGCGGUGGCAAGAAGAUCAAGACUGCUACCCCUUAUGGAACUGGUGGUGGCAUGAAGCUGAGGAAUGGGCUUGAUGCAUCCGGAAGGAAGCCCAAGGGAAAGGGUGUGUACCAAUAUGUGGACAAAUACGGUGCUAAUGUGGAUGGUUACAGCCCUAUCUACGACACUAAUGACUGGUCCCCAACUGGUGAUGUCUAUGCUGGGGGUACGACUGGCUUGCUAAUCUGGGCUGUCACCCUAGCUGGAAUUCUUGCUGGAGGUGCACUUCUUGUUUACAGCACAAGUGCUUUGGCACAGUAG